UUAAUUCUAAACUUUUCUUAGUUUUAAUGCUUCCUGUAAUUGUAUAAAAAAUUCUACUACAAAGAGAAAUCUGUUAAUAUUGCUUAAUUGUAUAAGUAUAUUGUAAUAUAAGCUCUGUAGUGUUGUACAUUUUCUAUUCCAAGUUGCACCUGCUUCAAUUCUAUCUCGAUGUCAUGUAUAUUUAAAAUUUUACAGAAAAGAUUGUAAAAUCUGUUUCAAGUCGCUGCAAAAUGAAUGUUUUUUUUCUUCCUAAAUUUGCUACACAUACAUACACAUCAUAAAAUUGUAAUAUAUUUUAUAUAUAUUUAUAUAUACAUCACUUAGAUACAAGUGAUAUUUAUAUCGUUAACAAAUUAUGCUGCUCUUAUUAAAAUUCUAAAUAUUUUCCAAAUAGUUAGGGAAUCAACUAAUGAUAUAAAUGAGAAGUUUUUUCAUUUCAUUUUAGUUAUUGCACACUUUUCCAUAUGUUGCAAGUAUUCCACUAUGCAUUGGAUAAAAACUGUAAUAAAUUUAUUCACUAAAAUAAAUCAUUAUUAGUAAUUUUCCAAUAAUUUUUAACAAUGUUAGAGAUCAAAAUCAAAACGAACUGGGAAGUGAAAUUUAGUUUUUCAAUUUAAUGAAUAUUUUAUUUACUUGUGACAAAUUAGUUGUUUAAAUAUAAUGAGAUUAAAUUUGAUUGUACAUACUAUUGGUCUGACGGUGAAUGAAUUCUAAGCCCAAGACAAAAUUUGAACAUUACUGGGAACAUAACAUUUUUAAGAAGCGUUUAAAGGUGCUAUUUUCAUUGGAACCUGUGAAAAGUCGGAUUGCAUUUGUUGCUAUUCAAGUUCUUGUUCAGAGUUGACUUGCAGCCCUACACCUUUCUUGAAUUUGUUUUGUACUUAAUGAGAGCUUACAGUUGAAGUCCAUUAGACGAAAGGAAAUAAAGUUAAAUAAUGGGAAGGAAAGGAUCCAUUUUGGUACCAUUUUUAGUUGAAGGUUUGGAGGGUAAAAAAUAUGGUCGUUAUCUAUCUGGAAACAUAGAUAAUAUCAUACAAAUAAUAUUACCUCGAAAGACGAAGAAUCUAUCUAGUGAUAGCAUGAAGAUCUUAAAGGAUUGGAAUUUGAAGAAAGGUAGAAAAUUUAAAGAUCAAAAUGACUAUACUAAAGCUAAACAAGGAAUGUUGGCUGCUCUUCGGCGAUCAGAUUAUUUAGAGAGGAUUUCAAGUUUAAAGCCGAAAUUAUGUUAUAAAAUUUUGGAUUGGAAUGAAGUCCAAGAAAAGAAGCGGAAAUUAAAAGGAAAGAAAAGAUCAGCAUCAGUAGAUGAACUAGAAUCUCCAUCAUCAGUAGAUUCUGGAUUCGAUAACUCUGUCGAAUCUCCUAUGACUGACCAGUCUCACGAAAUGGAUGAGGAAUAUGUUUCGAAUCAUGAUAUUUUGGAUUAUGAUAGUGGUAAUGAGUCACAAUUUUGUGAUGAGGUAGCAUCUUCACCUGGUCAGAGCAUUUCUGCCACUAAUGAAUGUUCUAACAAUCGAAAUAUCUUGGAUGCUAUCAGGCAUGAUCAUGAUGCCUAUUUUUCUAAUGCUGUUCAGAAUCAAGAUGCAGCCAUUCUUUCUGUUGAUCAAGUUUCAUCAGAUUUAGAUAAACUAGCUCUCAAUCAGAUUGAACCUUUGGAGUUAACAGAUUCGCAAUAUGAAGAGUUACGCGACCAAGUUUCAUUUGAUGAAUUGACAUUUAGUGAUAUACAUUUUAUGAAGGAAGAUGAUGUUGCACAAGUGUACUCUAUCAGAGUACUCAAACUGAAUUCUGAACAUUCUCUGGGGGAGACAUCCUUUUUAGUUUGUGAACCAGUGGGCACAGAGAUUCAUCUUAACAAAUCUGUUUAUGAAUCUAUACCCUUGGAUUGUGAAACAUCCCAGAGACUUCAGCCAUAUGAAGUUCUUGAAGUGAGACAAGAUGAAGACAUUAUAUUGUUUUUAUUUUCAGACCUUGAUAUGAUUGUUUUGAGUACUGAUGUUUCUGAGAGACUAAAGUUGUCUCAAAUUUCUGAGGUGAAAAGAUUGGACAAGCAUGUCCUAUUUUUUCUGAAUCCUCAAAAGUGUGUUGGAAGCAAUUAAUUAUUUCUUUCCAAGCACUGAACGUCUUAACACACUCAUGAAAAUAUUCUAUUUCUCUGUUUACGCUUAUUUAUUGGUGUAUAAUCAGUCCUUUUUUAUGAGGCUGUUAUCUUUUGAGGCAUUGUGGAUACAAAAAGAAACUUGUCUGUUUUUUCUUUUAAACAUUUAUAAUUUUUUGACAUACGAUCUUCAGAAAACAGAUCAACUCAUUCCCUUCCAAAAGGCAACCAUAUUGUUUUUUUAAAACUGGUUGUAGUUAAUUCUUAAUGUUUACAAUGCCUUAUUAAUUUAGAUGUUUUCAUGAGUAUCACAAACUUUUGAAUUUCCAAAAGUUUUAUACAAGAAAGUUUAUGAUAUACUUUCAUUAAUUUUUUCUCCAAUAUAUUACUUGUAGAACAUUAGUAUUUUGUGUUAACUAUCAUAUGUAUAUGUAUGUUAUAUUAACCAUCAUAUGUAUAACAGACAGAAGUCUGUUUGAAACGUAUAUUUUUGCUAUUAUGAAUUAUUUUUGUCUUGCUUACAUACCAUUUAAGCAUGAAUAAUUUUUUUUGAAUUGUUAGUAUGUUUUGCAGAUUAGAAACCAUUCUGACUUGCACCACAUUAUUGUGGAAGUAUGCAAAAUUUAUUUUGCAUUUACCGAACACUGAUAUUUAAGUCUUAACAUAAAGUGAAUUGAUGGUUGAAAAUUUCCCAUAUUCACAUUUCUAUGGUCCAGUAUUUUAGCUUUACACAAUGUAAAGUUAUAACUGCGACUUCAAUGUGUCAAAUAUUUGAAAACUACUUUUCCUUGAUAGUAGUAAUACAUAGAAAUAUCUAUGAAUUGCUAUUAUUUUGGAAAUCGGAUGUGGGAUCAUUGGUAAAAACCAAUCUUACCCAUAAAGUUUAAAACUAAUUUUCGUAACGUUGAGUUCGAAAUAAUUGAACUAUUUUCAUAAUUGCUAUGAUUGUUAUUUCUACGAUUAUAGAAAUUAGAUGGGGGAUCCUUAUUAAAAGCUAAAUGUUUGCUGUAAGGUAUAACAGCAGUUACAAUCUAAGAAGCAUGAAACUACUUUUUUUUACGAUUUGUAAGAGUAGAAAUGUCAUCAAAAUUAAAUACUUACUUCACAGAAAUUGUAAUUUGUAAAAGAAAAAUGUCACUCAUAAUGUGCAACAGCUAUAUAAAGAAACAUGUUUUAAAAACCUCUUUCACUGAAUAAAAUAAAUCAUUUUCAGUCGCCCUUUUAGUGAGUGUUUAAAUCACAGUAGUUUAGUUACCGAAGAUGGUAGCAUUUUUCCACUACAAUUGAAAUAUUCCAUAAAGGGAAGGAAGCUAACUCAAUUGCACAAAAGCCUAUUGUGCCCAUCUCAGUUUUCUUGACUCUGGGGUGGUCAGCCGAAUGCGAACCCCUCUGUGUUUAGUUCCCAGACAUGGGAUGAAAGGCUGGGUCAACCUUGCCCGGCCUGACAGUCGAACCCAGGACCUUUGACAUGGGAGCGCAAAGCGCUUCCACUUAGCCACUGGGUGUCAGGGAGGGAGGUAAUUCACUUAAAUAUAGAUUAUACACUACAAGUGCAAGUUAGUGCUCUUAUUUUUUUGUGUCUGGCUUAGUUUAUAAUUUUUGACCUUGUGUUUGCAAGCCAAAUUCUCCCAUUUUAAUUGAAUAUUUUUCUUGUAUAUUUAAAAUUAUUGUAAAUACUGUGAUUUAGAGAACUCUACAAUAAUUGUAUAAAACCUGAUAUUGCACAAUAUCGAAAAAAAUAAAAGUUUUAAUCAACUGUUAUUUUCCUGCCACUUUAAAUAUUUUAUUUAACUUGGAUUUCGAGUUCGCAUCUGUGCUCAUUUAUGUAUUGUUUGAAUUUUGCAUUUUUAUGGCUUAUUCAAGUUCUUGUAACAAUAAUAACCUAAAAAAAUCGAUCAAAUGGAACUCUUGCAAGAGAAUAAUUUAAAAUAUGUUAUUUAAUGUAAGUAGGUGUCACAUACAAGAUUAGAGAAUUUUAUUGUACUUAGUAGUGUAUUGAAUUUUAUUCUUCCUGUACUUAGAAAAUAAUUUUUACCUUAUUUGCUUGCCAUAUACUCUUUUUAAAAUGUGAAGUGUAUUUGUAAUUUCCUUUAUGUAAAAUAUUUAUUCACUAGCUGUAUAUUACUUCAAACUCUACUAGCAUUUUUGAGACUUUCUCUAUUUCAUAGUGCUUAAUUAAUGAAAAAAAUCUAUGGUUUGUAAUAGAAUCUAGCUUAAUUUCAUAAGAGUAUGCAAUGUAAAUUGAAAUUAAAUAAAUGAGUUUUGUUUUGCUUAAAUAUAUAUAAAAAAAAACUUGUAGUUGUUAAGCUUUCAGCAUGGAAACUAUAAAAACCCAGCAACUUAUGUACAGUUCUUUUCCUUUUAAAUAACAUAAGGAAGUGCCAAAGAAGCAUUGUUUCUAAUUACAUUGUUUUUAAUUCCUAAUUACGUUUUUAAAUUCACUGAAUUGUAAAAAGGUGAAUUUAAAUGAGGAUCUUUUGCUUUGUAGGUUUUGGUAUUAUGAGUUAAUAUAUUCAGAAGUGCAUCAGUACGAAAUGAUGCUGCGGGUGGAACUUUGAUUUUUUUUUUUACAUAACUUAAAAGAAAUGAACUAUCUUUCAAGUACAUGAAAUUAUAGUAAUAAACAAAUUUUGAAAUAGAUAAAAAAAAUUAAAAUGUGAUUUUAACAAGAAAUCUAUGUCAUUCCUUUGACUCCUUUCUUUAGUAAAUAUUUUAUCUCUUUCAACAUGAAUUGUGUUGUGGUGUCACUAUUGUAAUCAGUAAUCACUUAAAUUUAAUAAACUUAAAUACAUGUGUACCAUUUCUGACUAAAUCUAAAAUUGUGAAGUUAAAGGUUAAAUUAUGAUUGAAAAGUUGAGGGAUUUUUUUUGCCAUUAACUUUUCGCUUAAGCCAUAUGAUAUGCUUAAUGUGUGUUAUUUCUGAACAAAUGUUUCUUUUUUUUUUCAUAUGGCAAUAAUGAGAUUAUCUACAUAACAUAUUACUCAAGUUGUUAAUAUUUGAAUAAAUGAAAUGUGUAUUGAUGUAUCCCUGUGUGUAUUGUGAAUAUUAUUAUUUUUUCUUAUGGGAAUCACUCUCUUAUGUAUUGCUUAAAGCUAUCUGAUCAAUGUAUGAUUUUUUCUUAGCGUAUAAUCUUGUGCAAUAAAUAUGUUACAGCUUA